AUGCUGAAAAGAAAUUUUUUAUCUGUAAAAGCAGUCGAUCCCCAGAGUCAUGUGAUGUCUCUACUGUAUCAGUCUGGGAAAAGUCUGGGAAAAGUCGAGAAUCAACACCUCACCAUGGAAAGAAAAGACCAAUUCAUGGAAAUAUCAACGUUACAAAGUAAUGAAUACUUUCCUGGCGAACUCUAUUCUGAAAUUGAAGAUUCAGAAAAACCCAAAAGAUGGUACCACCAUGUACUGGAGUUUAUUUUACCCUCAAGAAACUAUAUUAAUUUAUACAUUACUCGAUUGUUUGUUGUGUUUUUCUUCUUCCUUUUUAUUUUUGGAAUGCUUGGUAAACAGGUUUUACCUGGAUCUGAAAUAUUUGGAUUGCUGUUUAUGGCCAUUUUAGCUGUGAUUGGUGGAAAGAUCCUUAAAUUUAUGAAAUUACCUCCAUUAAUUGGUAUGAUGAUUGUUGGAUUUCUGUAUCGAAAUAUGAAAUUCAAUCCUUAUUUUGAUGAUAUUUCUUGGAAAACGAUUGCAUCUGUCAGGGAAAUUGCAUUAGCUUACAUUUUAAUGAGAGCUGGCUUAGGAAUUGAUGCAGAAAAACUCAUGAAGCUGAAACUCCUUGUAUUAAGACUGGUUCUUAUUCCAUGUAUUUGUGAAGCUUCCUUAAUGGCUGUUAUAUCACAUUUCUUAUUAGGGCUACCAUGGAUCUUUGCAAUUAUGUUGGGAUGGUUAAUGUCAGCUAUAUCUCCUGAAGUCGUUAUGCCUUUAAUUAUUAACCUUGAACAACAGGGUUAUGGUAUAAAUAAAGGAAUAAAUACUUUAAUAGUAGCUGCUUUGUCUUUGGAUGAUAUUCUAGCUAUUGCAGCUUUUACCGUUUGCUUCAGUAUAGCUUUCUCAACAGCUGAUUUAACAUGGACUAUAAUAAAAGGCCCUCUAGAGCCCUUAGUAGGAUUUGCAUAUGGAGCUGUGUUUGGAGUAAUUUUUUGGUACUUCCCAUCUAUCAAAAUGAAAAAUGCUAAACUGGUGUAUUACAAUAUCUUACUUCUAUCAUUUGGGUGCAUGGCAAUCUUAUUCUUGAGUGAUAAGUACAGGUUGCCAGGUGCUGGACCGCUUGGCUGUAUCACUCUUGCAUUUGUGGCUGGAAUCAAUUUUAGGAAGAAUGAGCGUCAAUUUAGAGGAGUACAAACUGUAGCCAAAGGUAUUUGGAUUAUUCUUGAACCAUUUCUUUUUGCUUUAAUUGGAGCAGAAGUAACAGUGGAAACACUUCAAAAUUCUGCUGGUUUUGGAGCAUUGUCCAUAUUAUGUGGACUUAGUUUUCGUUGCUUGGUUACUUAUUUCGUGUGUUCAGGUGCAGGUUUUGUACAUAAAGAAAAAUUAUUUAUUGUUGUGUCUUGGAUAUCUAAAGCCACACUUCAGGCUGCUAUUGGAUCACAGGCUUUAGAUUUUGCUAGGCAACAUGAUUUAGAUGAAGCUCUUAUUCAGUAUGGAACAACGGUCUUGAAUGUGUCUGUGUUGUCAAUUGUAAUGACAGCUCCUUUAGGUGCUGUAUUAAUUAGUCUCCUGGGGCCUGUUUUACUGACUCAAGAUGUCAUUCGAAGUGAUAGUGAUGAACAUUUUGAAGAAGAAGAUGCCAAUGCCGUACAGACAGAAGAGCAGUCUUCUGCAGUUUUGGUGGAAAAAGAUAAGUGA